UUCCGUUUCUGUGAGGAGACGAGCGGAUCAACAUGGGGUCCGGGAUGCUGCUGUCUCUGUUUUUGCUGUCGCUCCCCUGGAUGGUUUUCGCGGGGGAAUCGAGACGAACGCUCGGCUCGGAGCGGAUGGCUGAGGACCAGAGGGAGGACAUGGAGUGUAAGGUGAAGAGCGUGACCGUGUCCGCGCUCCCGUUCCUCCGCGAGAAUGAGCUGAGCAUCAUGCACUCCCCGUCGGCCUCCGAGCCCAAGCUGCUCUUCUCCGUCAGGAACGACUUCCCCGGAGCGGUGGAGGUGGUGGACGACCUGGAGAACACCGAGCUGCCCUACUUCAUCCUGGAGAUCUCGGGCAACUCGGAGGACAUCCCCUUGGUGCGCUGGAGGCAGCAGUGGCUGGAGAACGGGACGCUGCUGUUCCACAUCCACCACCAGGACGGCAGCGGCCAGCCGGCCGGCCUCUCCCCCACCGCCGACACGGCCCGCGACUCAGCCGACGAGGAGCUCCGCAUCCUGCACAUCUCUGUCAUGGGUGGGAUGAUCGCCCUGCUGCUGUCCAUCCUGUGUCUGGUGCUCGUCCUGUACACGCGGCGCCGCUGGUGUAAGGGCCGGCGCGUGCCGCAGCCCCAGAAGAGCGCCAGCGCCGAGGCAGCCAACGAGAUCCACUACAUCCCCUCGGUGCUGAUGGGGGGCCAGGCCCGCGAGAGCCUCAGGAACUCCCGGGGCCAGGGGCCCAACUCCAGUGGGACCCUCAGCAUCAGGGAGACCCCCAUCCUGGACGGGUAUGAGUAUGACAUCACAGACCUGCGCCACCACCUUCAGAGGGAGUGUAUGAAUGGCGGAGAGGACUUCGCCAGUCAGGUGACCCGGACGCUGGACUCACUCCAGGGCUGCAACGACAAGAAGAACAUCGACCUCACUCCUGUGAGUGACAACACGAAGCUGGCUCUGAUGAACAAGUACAAGGACAACAUCAUCGCUACAAGCCCGAUCGACAACAACCACCAACACAACAGCCUGCUGACGCACAACACGUCCACCAGCCAGCGCAAACGCCUGUCCAGCAACACGCGCACGGGCUCCACCUUCCUGACCCCUGACGGGGACUCUGGGACGGAGGCGGACAGCGACCCCCAGCUCACCUUCUACACCGACCCGCACCGCAGCCGGCGGCGCAGCCGCGGCCUCCGGAACGGGUCGGCCACCAGCGGCUGGGGCUCCGGGGCCGGUUCCCCUCGUAGCCCGAUCAACAAGACGACCCUGACCCUGAUCAGCGUGGUGAGCUGCCUGCUGGGGCUGGUCUACGCCUCCCACCUCUCCUGCACUCUGGCCGUCCGCAUCAUCCUCCACGUCCCGGAGCACCUCAUCGCCGACGGCUCCAGGUUCAUCCUGCUGCAGGGGAACCAGUUCGACGCGUCUGAUUGGCUGAACCCGGCACAGGUGUUACUGUUCCACCAGCAGAACGCCAGCGGGCCCUGGGUCAACGAGCUGUGUGGCCGCCGCCUGCUGGACCCCUGCGAGCACCAGUGUGACCCCGACACAGGAGACUGUUUGUGUCUGGACGGCUACAUGAAGGACCCGGUCCACAAACACCUCUGCAUCCGCAACGAGUGGGGGCCCAACCAGGGCCCCUGGCCCUACACCAUCUUCCAGCGCGGCUUUGAUCUGGUCCUUGGAGAACAGCCCUCUGACCGCAUCUUCAGGUUCACCUAUACUCUGGGAGAGGGCAUGUGGCUGCCCUUGAGCAAGAGUUUUGUUAUCCCCCCUGCUGAGCUGGCGAUCAACCCCUCAGCCAAAUGCAAGACGGAUAUGACUGUGAUGGAGGACGCUGUGGACGUACGGGAGGAGCUGAUGAUCAGCUCCUCGUUCGAUAGCCUGGAGGUGCUGUUGGACUCCUUCGGCCCGGUCAGGGACUGUUCCAAGGACAACGGAGGCUGCAGCCGCAACUUCCGCUGCAUAUCCGACCGCAAGCUGGACUCCACCGGAUGUGUGUGUCCACCAGGCCUCAGCCCGAUGAAGGACGGAACCGGAUGCUAUGACCACCACAUCGGGAUCGACUGCUCCGACGGGUUCAACGGAGGCUGUGAGCAGCUGUGUCUGCAGCAGCUGGCUCCCCUAGAGGAUGACCCCACUCUCUACAACAUCCAGAUGUUCUGUGGCUGUAUAGAGGACUACCGCCGUGGUCCGGACGGCCGGUCGUGCCAACCCCUCUCGGAGGUCUGCACGGAGGGCGUGGACUGCGGCGAGCCCGCCGACAUCCCGGCCAAUCAGACGCUGUUCGGAGACCUCUUCUACGGCUACAACAACCACAGCAAGGAGAGCAGCUCAGGGCAGAUCCUCAAGGCACCUUCAGAUGAAGCCACUCCAGGGUCAUGUUAUUGUGAUGUUAACAGUGUAUGUUUGUUCAGGCAUGGUGAACUACAGCGAGGUGUCGGGUUAAGGGUUAGGGGUCAUGUUAUUGUGAUGUUAACAGUGUAUGUUUGUUCAGGCAUGGUGAACUACAGCGAGGUGUCGGGUUAUCCUCUCGUUCAGCACUGGAAGCUCCGCUCCGUCCAGUACCACGUCAAGCUCAACCAGUGGGUGCUGUCGCAAGCCUUCAGCUCGGCCCUCCACUCCCUCGAUGGGCGGACCCAGAGGAGCGACUUCGUCUCCAUCCUGGCGGAGUUUGGGAACCACUAUGUCCAGGAGGCGGUCUACGGCUUCCAGGAGACCUGCACCAUCUGGUACCCCAACAAGCAGGUCCAGAGGCAGCUGUGGCUGGAGUACCAGGACAUCAGCAAGGGUAACUCCCCCUCGGAGGAGUCGGAGGAGCGGGACAAGGAGCCGCGGACCCUGACCUACCCGGCCUACAUGGCCAGCCUGCUGGACUCGGGGUCCCAGCGCGUUGUGGGCGGGGUCCGCAUGGACUGCUCCAGCCAGGGCCAGUGCCCCCCCUCCUGCCACCUCUGUCACAUGUCCCCCUCUUCCCCCUCCUCCUCCUCCUCCUCCUCAGCGGGGGGCCGGCAGCAGUCCGAGCCCGUCCUCCUCCAGAUCACCCGGGCAACGCCCAUCGUGGAGCUGGUGUCCAACAACGAGACCUAUCAGGCCCUACAGGAAGCCAUGAUGAGCAUGCUGUGGUGCUCGGGGAGAGGUGAUGUCAUCGAUGACUGGUGCCGCUGCGACUCCAGCGCCUUCGGGGCCGACGGCCUGCCCACCUGCGCCCCCCUCCCCCAGCCCAGGCUAAGGCUGUCCCACACCUACGAGCCCAGCAGCUCGCUGGUGAUCGUGGAGUGGAACCACGCAGAACCGCUGAUCGGAGUCCGCAUCGUGGACUACCUCAUCAGCCAGGAGAAGGUCACGGAGAGGAGCGACCACGGCAAGGUGGAGACCGAGUCUGUCCUCAGUCUGGUGGAUGACGUCCUGUCGGGGGCUAAGUCGCCGUGUGUGAUGCUAGGAGACGUCCCCGACCUCCAGGCCUCCACCCUCAGCCUGAUCAUCCGCUGCCUGGAGGCCGACACCACCUACAUGUUCAGGUUGUGGUCAGUGGACAACACAGGUCGGAGGUCGGGUCCCAGUGAGGUCACCAUCAAGACCCCGUGCCCGGCCGUGGACGACGUCAAGGCCCAGGAGAUAGCGGAUAAGAUCUACAACCUGUUCAACGGCUACACCAGCGGUAAGGAGCAGCAGACGGCCUACAACACGCUGAUGGAGCAGAGCCCGCCCACGCUGCACCGCGUGCUCUACCACUACAACCAGCGCUACCACGGCUUUGGGGAGUUCACCUGGCGCUGCGAGGACGAGCUCGGGCCCAGGAAGGCCGGUCUGAUCCUGUCCCAGCUGGAGCAGCUGUCAGGGUGGUGCCGGGGCCUCCUCCAGGAGCCCCGCAUCGGCCUGCGCCGGAUGUCCCUCCGCUUCCUGUCCUGCCGCUACAGCGACACCAAGGCCUUCGGCCUCAACUGGGUGGACCUCGGCCAGGACCUCCGCAAGGCCUGCGAGGACCAGACCCUCGCCGUCAUGUACAACGACUAUGGCGAGGCCAGGGACCUCUGAGAGACCUGGGCCCCCAGGGACCUCUGAGAGACCAGAGGCCCCCAGGGACCUCUGAGAGACCGGAGGCCCCCAGGGACCUCUGAGAGACCUGAGGCCCCCAGGGACCUCUGAGAGACCGGAGGCCCCCAGGGAC